CCAUCUAAAAUGGCUUAGCGCCACUGCGCUAGGGUUUCCCUUCUCUUAGGCUACCGCCGCCGCCUGCUUCCUCAGUGCGGAGUGUUCGUGCGAAGGCGACCCUCCCUCCUCCCCCGCCGCACUCCAACCGCCGCCGCCGCCGCCAUGGUGAAGUACUCGCGGGAGCCGGCCAACCCUACCAAGUCGGCCAAGGCCAUGGGCAGGGAUCUGAGGGUCCACUUCAAGAACACAAGGGAGACAGCAUUUGCGCUUCGCAAGCUUCCUUUGGCCAAGGCUAAGCAGUACCUUGAGGAUGUUAUUGCUCACAAGCAGGCAAUUCCCUUCCGGAGAUACUGUGGAGGUGUUGGUCGCACUGCACAAGCAAAGUCUCGCCACUCAAAUGGGCAGGGUCGCUGGCCUAUGAAAUCAGCCAGAUUCAUUUUGGAUCUGCUGAAGAAUGCUGAGAGUAAUGCUGAUGUUAAAGGCUUGGAUGUCGACAACCUCUAUGUUUCACACAUCCAGGUGAACCAAGCCCAGAAGCAGAGGCGCCGUACAUACCGUGCUCAUGGACGCAUCAACCCUUACAUGUCCUCACCCUGCCACAUUGAGCUGAUCCUGUCAGAGAAGGAAGAGCCUGUGAAGAAAGAGCCGGACAACAUUAUCGCACCAAGGAAGCAGUGAAUUAUGUUAGCUUGCGGAGCGGGGAUAUUUUGUCGAAGAAUCAUAGCUAUAGUUCAUUUAUGUACUUUUUGUGGCAGUGUUGCCUCUUGAUGUUUCUCGUACCAAUACUUGCGAGUCAGGAUUUGUUAAGGUCGAUGCUAUCCUUGUGAUUGUGUAUGGUUAAAUGGUAAUAUAAUUUACAAUAGUUUUAAGAUA